UAUAAUGAAGAUGGAGAUAGUGAAGUGUAUUUAUGUGGUGGUUUUGGUGGUGGGCAUGAUGAGUGGAAGCUGGGCACAGCCACAGAGCACGUGCUCCACGGCGCUGUCGGCACUGAACGUGUGCACGCCGUUUGUGGUGCCAGGCGCAGUGAGCAACCCCAGCUCCGACUGCUGCGGCGCCCUUCAGUCUAUUGACCGUGACUGCUUGUGCAGCACUCUUCGCAUCGCCUCUCACAUCCCUGCUCAGUGCAACCUCCCUCCCUUCACUUGCCCAAACUGACCCUGGGAUUUCGAUCAUCAACAAUAAUGCUUUACAACAAUCUCUUUUUCUAUCUUUUUCUCCUCAUGUAAUGUUCGAGAGCCAUUCUCAUCAGAUAACCAAUAAACAUAUAUGGCUUCCUUUUCCCAGGAAUAAAACUAUUUUUAUCUUCCUA